UACGUUACUUCCGAGAGUCGCGUUGGCGUUUUCUAAAUACAGAUAGACAGUACGAUGAAGACAGUCCAGGUCAAAAGAUGUGGCGACUGUAACUGAAUCUGGAGACAGACACACGGAUUGGACAUGCCCAGGUUGUUCUACCAUGGACACAGACAUGAUACCAACAUUCACUUCAAAAGACCAGGAGAUCGACUACUGGAAGGUCUUGUCCCUCAAGCAUAAGAGCAGUUACCAUGAGGCCCAGGAGGAGUUGCUUGAGUUCCAGGAAGGGAGCAGAGAGCUGGAGGCAGAGUUAGAGGCCCAGCUAGGACAGGCUGAACACCGCCUCAGAGACCUGCACACAGAGAACCAAAGACUGAAGAGCGAGUUGGACAACCUCAAGGAGAAGUUGGAGCAGCAGUAUGCUCAGAGCUAUAAGCAGGUCUCCAUGUUAGAGGAUGACCUGGGACAGACCAGAGGAAUCAAGGAACAGCUUCAUAAAUACGUCAGAGAACUGGAGCAGGCCAACGAUGACCUGGAGAGAGCCAAGAGGGCGACCAUCGUAUCUCUGGAGGACUUUGAGGGUCGUCUGAACCAGGCCAUAGAGAGGAAUGCCUUCCUGGAGAGUGAGCUGGAUGAGAAGGAGUCUCUACUGGAGUCAGUUCAGAGACUGAAGGAUGAAGCCAGAGACCUGAGACAGGAGAUGGUGGUGAGGGAGAGGACUGCAGACAGGAUGUCAGCCCCCAGCUCUCCUACCCUGGACAUGGACAAGAUGGACUCUGCUGUCCAGGCCUCCCUGUCCCUGCCUGUCACCCCUGUAGGGAAGGGCAUGGAGCACCCGUUCAUCAACCCUAAAUCAUCAGUGUUAACAAAUGGCUGUGGGCCUGGCGGCUCACCUCUGACCCCAUCAGCAAGAAUCUCUGCUCUUAAUAUCGUUGGGGACCUUCUUAGAAAAGUGGGGGCGCUGGAGUCCAAGCUAGCUGCAUGUAGGAACUUUGCCAAGGACCAGGCGGUGAGGAAAACCUACUCCACAUCGUCCAGCAACAUGAUCACUGGGAACGGAAACCUCGUCAACAGCAACGCCACCAAGUUCUCCCACUCACUACACACCACCUACUACGACAAAACGGCUGUGAAUGGACUGGACCCCAGCACCCUGACUGCCCUGGCAUCGCCCCGGACUGUCUCCCCUCCUGGCAUGCUGCCUCUCACCGUUUAGCGUGGCCCCAACCUCUGUACAAGCUCCCCGCAGAACAAGGGUACCCCUCAUCCGUCACCCCAACCCCCCCCCACCCCAAAUCUCUGUACAACUCCUGUACACCCCGCAGAACACUGAGAGGAGAGAACACUUGAAGAACCGUUACUGUGUGUGUGUGUGUGUGUGUGUGUGUGUGUGUGUGAGAGACACUUGACUGAAUGAUUGAAAAGGUCUCACUCACCUAUGAGUGGGGUUGGAUGCUGAGUGUGUUUGUGUAUUUAACAUACAGGCACAUGCCUCUGCCUGAGCUGUCUUUGCUCAUGUGGAUGAUGUGUUGGUGACCUCUGUGCUCUGGAGUGUCUCCAUUUUGGCUCCAUCAGUUUAUCAGUUUCACUCUAUAACAGCUAUAUAACAGCAACUGUACCUGACAAAGGUCCCCAACGGACUGCAGCUUCCUUCCUCUUAACCUUUUAUUUUCUUCUCUGAAUGAAUUGCACAAUUACAAAUAAUGUAUAUUUAGUGUUGUAUUUAAAAAUGAAAAGGGACUUUUUGCAAAGUUAGAUGAUUUCAUCAUUACUGUAUGUAUGCUUUAAGAUGCAAUAUUUCCUGUUUGUUUGUGUUUAUGUUAUGGGGUCAGAUGGAGUUGAUGACCCUUAACCCCCAUGUCCAGAAGAAUGACUGAAUUCACGUUUAUUGUGUUCAGGCUGUGAUCAGAACCAUGUUCUCUUAUUGGGCUGCAUCUCAAUAGUCCAGUUAAUAUCCUCAUCUCAAUAGUCCAGUUAAUAGCCUCAUCUCCUCAUCUCAAUAGUCCAGUUAAUAGCCUCAUCUCCUCAUCUCAAUAGCACAGUUAGUCUUGGGAGAGAAUGAGAAAACAGGACCGGUAAAAGCAAUAUGGAUGAUCUAUCUCUACCCGAAAUGAGCUUUCACCUGUAAUUUCCUUCCCAUCAGUGCAGAGGAGGGAAAGGAGAGAAGACGAGGAAACCACUUUGUACUAUUGAGAUGCACCCCCACAGUCCCUAUUGUCCUGGGUGUGGGCUGACCAGACAGAACAGACCGGUCAGCUGGUGGACCAUCUGUGGUCUGGUAGGGAGGGAGGGACCUCCCUGUUAAAUAGCCUGGAAACAUCGGCUGCUGUCCUCUUCAUUAAUGAAGUUAGGUCCGCUUCACCACAGACUGUACCGUGCUAAUGGCACCCUAUUCACUAUCUAGUGCACUCCUUUUGAACAGGGACCAUGGUGCGCUGGUCUAAAGUAAUGCACUACAUAGGAAUAGUGUCAUUUUGGACUCAGUCCUUUAUAUAAGCCUUGGAUGGAUGACUGUGUAUUUACAUGAGGUUGGUACCGUGUUAUAUUAAAUUAAUCCUCUUUCCCUGAUGCGUAACUAGAAUCAGACAAAACUGUUGCUUAUAGAAACAAACAAGUCAACCCUGAGCACAGCAGUGUGUCAGACACAACGUAUUCACAUUGAGAUAUAUAUAUAUACUGUACUGUGCACCUGUUGGUGGUUGAAUCUCAGCUAACACCCUGUCUACCAUAACCUGCAGCAACAAUAACCCAGCAGUCCAACCAUCUAACAGGUAGGGUGAAGUUGCCUUAGAUGCUGACCCUGGGUCUGUUUUUUCCUUUACCCCACUAAUGGUUAAGUUUAGGAUUGGGGAGGGGAAGCUGAUCCUAGAUCUGUACUUGGGGGAAACCUCACCCUAGAGCUACCUAACAGUGGGUCACACUCAUCCCUUUUUCUAGACUAGAUCCUAGCCUGGUUAAACCAGACUUAAUGUUGUGUUCACCAUGAGGGGAGUGCUCAGUCUAGUUUUAAUCGGGCUAAAAAUGCUCAUCUUUGACUAAUAUGCAAAUUGUUAUUGGUGCCCAUUUUGUCACGUUGGCUCCUGUCCUGUCGAUGAAACGUUUGUAAUAGAGAACCUCAUAGAGAACUGACAUGCCUCUUCCUGGUUUCUGUCGUUGAUAUUCACUUGUGAUGUAUUUUCCAUCCCCCAUUCUGUCUUAUCUCCAUCUGGGGUUAAUAGUGCUCCCUCCUAUCACAGCCUUAAAUGAAAAGCCUUAAGGACAGUUUCCCAGACACGGAUUAAAGCUGCAAUAAAUUAGCUUUUUGGGUGCCCUGACCAAAUUUACAUAGAAAUGUUAUAGAUUUGUUAUUUUCAUUGAAAGCAAGUCUAAGAAGGUGAUAGAUCUGUUAUAUUUCUAUGCUUCCGCUUUUUAUAGUUUUGUUUUUUGGUUCUUUUACUUUUGGAUUUUGUACACCAGCUUCAAAUCAGCUGAAAAUACAAUGUUUUGUGUUCUGGAAAAUAUAUUUCACAGCGGUUUAGAUACUACAAUGAUUCUCUACACUAUACUUGCUUGUUUUCUCACAAGUUGAAAUUCGAAUUCAAGCAACCAGGAAAUGGCGGUGCGAUAUCUGCAUAGUGCAUCUUUUAAGCCUAGUCUUGGAUUUAACACUUUCAAUGGAGAUUCUCCAUUCAGAAUGAUUUAGAAUCCAGCACUAGGCUUAAUCUGUGUCUGGGAAACUGGUCCUAAAACUAUUCUAGAACUAUCAUUUUGGAGUGCUUGCUUACUCCCAUGGUCUAUGAUGUCACCCACCUCUACCAUGUCACUGUCAGCCUGUUGCUGUGUCCCCAUAUAUACAGGGUUGGAACUAAGCAUUGUAACUCUGCCUAACAACACAUUUGUACAUACCAACGUUUGUCAUUAUUACAGUUCUAUUUAUUUCAGAUGUCUUUAUGGCAUGUUUAAAAUGAAGAACCUGAGUUUUACUAUUGUACAUCAGUCCAAGAUCACAUAUCAUGAUGUACAAUUGGUUGUCCAGUCUGUUCGAUAAAACGAAAUAAAGAUAUUGAAAAAUAA